UCUCCUGUCGUGUGAAAAACGAAUACGCUUGCUGUUCAGCCGUAGCUGGAUUUUCUUUCGUUACAGCUAGAAGGAAGUGAAUAUUCAUCUGAUACUCAGUGAAGUGGUAAAAGGUUCAAGAUGUCAAUGUCCCAUCUAUAUGGGCGGAGAGGGGAGGAGGAGGAGGAAGGUGUGGAGAUUGAGAGCUUUGAGGUGACAGACUGGGACCUGGCUAAUGAGUUCAACCCUGAGCGCCGGAGACACAGACAGACCAAGGACCAGGCCACCUACGGCAUCUGGGCUGACAAGGACUCAGACGAAGACGAGAGGCCAAGCUUUGGAGGAAAGAAAUCUAAAGACUACAGCGCUCCAGUGAACUUUGUGAGUGCUGGUCUGCGCAAGAGUGCAGCUGAGGAGAAAGAGCAACAGCAAAAAAGGGGAGGUGAUUCUGAUGAGUCCGAUGAUGAUGGUCCUUCAGCCCCUCCGCCUCCUCGUGGUACUGCACCCAAAAAACUCCAGAUGGGUAAUUUCAGAGGAAACCAGUCUCAGAGAUUUGCAGGUGGCAUACAGUCUGGUAAAGGCAUUGGUAGCUGGGAGAAGCACACAAAAGGAAUUGGACAAAAACUUUUGCAGAAGAUGGGUUACCAACCAGGGAAAGGCCUGGGCAAGAAUGCUCAAGGUAUUAUAAACCCCAUUGAGGCAAAGCUUCGUAAAGGAAAGGGAGCAGUGGGAGCUUAUGGCAAUGAGCGAACCAAGCAGAGUCUUCAGGAUUUCCCUGUUGUCGACUCAGAGGAAGAAGAGGAAAAGGAGUUUCAGAAGGAGCUGGGUCAGUGGCGCAAAGAUGCAACAGGCCCUGGAGGAAAGAAGAAACCAAAGUACUCCUACAGGACUGUGGACGAGCUGAAGGCUAAAGGCAAGCUGGCAGUGCGCAGUACUGCAGCAUCUGCUGGAGAGUUGGCACAGGUUAAGGUAAUUGAUAUGACUGGAAGAGAGCAAAAGGUGUAUUAUAGUUACAGUCAGAUGACCAACAAGCACAGUGUUCCAGAUGAAGGUCCACCAAGCAUGUCAACUCAGGAUCAGAGGGGAUCUGGCUUUGCUCUUCCUGAACUGGAACAUAACCUGCAGCUCCUGAUAGACCUCACGGAACAGGACAUAUUACAGUCUGCCAGACGUCUGCAGCAUGAAAAAGAUGUAGUUGUGUCUCUGAGCCAUGAGUCUCGAGCGCUGCAGAGCAGACUGGAUGCAGAGCAAGAUGCCAUCCAGAGAAUGGAGGCUGUUCUGGCGCUGGUGGAGCGUUUUCCUUCUGGAGAGAUGGCACCAGGGGAGGGACCCACAGUGCAGGAGUGUGCUCGGAUCUUUGAGACUUUACAAACAGACUAUUAUGAAGAAUACAAGACAAUGGGAUUGGCAGACUUGGCGGUAGCUGUUGUUCAGCCCUUACUCAAAGAGAAACUUCGCUCCUGGGACCCUCUGAAGGAUAGCUCUUAUUGUCUGGAAGACAUCGGACAGUGGAGAGCAAUACUUGAAUCUAGAGACCUCCACUCCAGUGCUCCAGAUUCUAACAUGGACCCUUACCACAGAUUGUUAUGGGAAGUGUGGAUCCCAGUUAUGCGGUCGUGUGUGUCAGGCUGGCAGCCUCGUAUCGUAGGGCCAAUGGUUGACUGUGUUGAAGUGUGGGCUCCUCUUCUCCCCCUGUGGAUCCUCGAUCACAUGUUGGAGCAGCUGAUCUUACCGCGGCUUCAGAGAGAGGUGGAUAACUGGAACCCUUUAACUGACACAGUGCCCAUCCACUCCUGGAUCCAUCCUUGGCUGCCUCUGCUCCAAUCUCGUCUAGAGCCUCUUUACCCACCAAUCAGAAGUAAACUGUCCAAUGCCCUGCAGAGGUGGCAUCCCAGUGAUGCUUCAGCCCGCCUCAUCCUGCAGCCGUGGAAAGAUGUAUUCACACCUGGUGCAUGGGAGGCCUUCAUGGUGAAAAACAUCAUCCCGAAACUGGCUCUGUGUCUGGAAGAGCUGGUUAUUAAUCCUCAUCAGCAGCAGAUGGAGCCGUUUCACUGGGUGAUGGAUUGGGAGGGCAUGCUGUCCCCCUCCAGCCUUGUGUCCCUGCUGGACAAAAACUUCUUCACCAAGUGGCUGCAGGUCCUGUGUUCAUGGUUGAGCAACAGUCCUAACUAUGAAGAAAUCACUAAAUGGUAUCUGGGUUGGAAAAGCAUGUUAAGUGACGCCCUGUUGGCACAGCCGCUCAUUAAAGAUAAAUUCAAUGAAGCUUUGGACAUCAUGAACCGUGCAGUAUCUUCAGGCAUGGGUGGAUACAUGCAACCAGGUGCGAGAGAGAAUAUUGCAUAUCUAACCCAGACAGAAAGACGAAAGGAUUUCCAGUAUGAAGCCAUGCAGGAGCGCAGAGAUGCAGAGAGUGUUGCCCACAGAGGCAUCAGUGCUGGUGUGCCGACAAACUUUAAAGAUCUUAUCCAGACCAAGGCAGAGGAGAACAACAUCGUCUUUAUGCCUUUAGUGGCCAAACGGCACGAGGGCAAGCAGCUGUACACAUUUGGGCGUAUUGUCAUCUACAUAGACAGAGGGGUUGUGUUUGUGCAAGGAGAGAAGACUUGGGUGCCCACUUCUUUGCAGAGUCUGAUAGAUAUGGCCAAGUGAGGUUGGACUGACUGCUUCCUUAGUCUGUCAUGCGUAAAAAAGAAUAUGUUUGCUUUUCAUGGAACUUCAGCUUGCUGAUCCUUGUCAUGUGUCUAUGUACAUUUUUUAAAUUGUCAAUACUUGAACUGUGAAUAAAUCAUUUUGGAUUAA